AUGGCUUGCCACGACAUUGAGACUUUGGUUGCUGAUGCAGUUCAUAAGCUGCCCGGACUGGGCUUCGACGCUGUCACCAUGAUCAUCGACGAGGAAUCUUCCCAAGUUGCUUGUCGACUUGGGCUCAUCUCCACCCCCAAUGUCGAUUACACGGGCGUUCCGUCAGGACAAUGUUUCAUGUUCUCCGACUAUGUCUUCUAUGACUUCAAUGAUGGCUUGGUUGUCAAAAUUCCAUAG